AAGAAAAGAUGGCAGAAGUAUUUCUCUCCGCUCUUGUUCAGACAAUGAUGGGGAACUUGAAUUCUCUACUUCUGCAACAGUUUGAAACGGCAUGGGGUGUCAAGAAAGAGUUGGGGAAGCUGGAGAGCACGUUGUCGACGAUCCAAGCGGUACUUCGAGACACGGACAAGCAGCAAGUGCAGAGCGAGGUGCUGAGGGAUUGGCUAAGGAAGCUUAAGGGUGUGGCCUAUGAUGCAGAUGAUUUGAUAGAUGAGUUUGUAACCGAAGUUUUUCGGCAGAAAGUGAGGACUCAGUCUGAUACAAUGAAUAGGGUGCGCAACUUCUUUUCUUUUCCGAACUCACUUGUAUUUCGCCUGAGGAUGGGGAGUAGGAUAAAGGAGAUUGGGGAGAGAUUAUAUGAGAUUGCAGAGGAUAGGAAGUUCCAUUUGAGUGACAGAGUUGUAGAUCUUCCAUUCAAUAUUGAAAAGAGACUGCAAACAGACUCUUUGAUUGAGUCGGAAGUUUUUGGCAGAGAUGAAGAUAAGAAGAAAAUCGUAGAGUCGUUGAUUGAUUUUAGUACUCAAGAAGAUAUCUCGAUCAUCCCCAUAGUCGGUAUGGGGGGCCUUGGGAAGACCACACUUGCUCAAUUCGCUUACAAUGAUGAGAGGGUAACCAAGCAUUUUGAGCUAAGAAUAUGGGUUUGUGUGUCGGACAAUUUCGAUGUGAUGAGGGUAAUAAAAUUAAUCAUUGAAUCAGCAAAUGAUAGCAAAUGUGAUCUCGAAGGCAUGGAUUCACUGCAGCAUAGCCUCCAAGAAAAGCUAAGUGGGAAGAAGUUUUUACUCGUGUUGGAUGAUGUGUGGGAGGAAACUCCUGAGAAGUGGAAUUCACUGAAAAAAUCUGUCAGAGGUGCCAAGGGUAGUAAAAUCAUAGUUACUACCCGUAGUGAAAAAGUUGCUUCAAUCAUGGGCACUCUCCCUUCACACCAUUUGCAAACAUUAUCAGAUGAUGAUUGUUGGUCUCUGUUCAGGCAACGGGCGUUUGGGCAUGAAAGACAAGAACGUCUGAACCUUGUAAUACUCGGAAAGGAAAUUGUGAAGAAGUGCAAGGGUGUUCCUUUGGCGGCGAAGUCACUCGGAAGCUUGAUGUACCAUAAAACAGAGGAAAGCCAGUGGUUGUUUGUCAAAGAAAGUGAGAUUUGGAAUCUACCUGGAGAAGAGAAUCACAUUUUACCUGCCCUAAGGUUGAGUUAUUAUCAUCUGCCAUCACAUUUGAAGCAAUGCUUUGCAUACUGCUCAUUAUUUCCAAAAGAUUAUAGAAUCGAAAAGGAGAAACUGAUCCAACUUUGGAUGGCCGAAGGUUUCAUUCAAUCAUCAGUCAGAAGUAACCACAUGGAAAACAUCGGUGGAGAGUAUUUCAAUAAUCUAUUAUGGGGGUCCUUCUUUCAGGAUGUUGAGAAAGAUGACAAUGGGAACAUAGUAUGGUGCAAGAUGCAUGACCUAAUGCAUGAUCUUGCAUGUUUUGUUGCAGGGACUGAAUGCUCGACUCUGCAGGUUGAGAAUGCAAAGAGCAUCCAUAACAUAUCUCACCGUUUGUCCUUGGAGUGUGGGUAUAGCAGGAAGGUCCGAACAUUCCCCAAGGCCUUAAGGAAAGUAAACCAUUUGCGAACACUGCUUCUGCUUGAAGGAAGAAGUUUCAGCAUUCCUCGUGAUCAUUUUGUACAUUUUAUGUGCUUACGCGUGUUAGAUUUAAGCAGAUCCAGUGUUACUAAGGAGUUGUUGGUUUCAAUCGGCAAGUUGAAACACUUAAGAUACCUCGACCUGUCUGAUACUGAUAUAAAAUCCCUUCCUGAAUCCAUCAGCACCCUUCAUCAUCUGCAAACCUUGAGACUAUUGGGGUUGUAUGAACUUGCAGAGUUACCCAGGGACAUGAGCAAUAUGACUAGCUUAAGACAUCUUGAAAUCACUGACUAUGAUAUCUUGACCCAUAUGCCAGCUAAUAUGGGAGAAUUAAAGUUCCUUCAGACCUUGCCAAUAUUCAUCAUUGGUCAGGAUAGAGGAUGUGGUAUAAAAGAGCUGCAAGACCUAAACCUUCGAGGAAGCUUGAUUAUUCGAAACCUCGAGAACGUGAUGAGUAGAGCAGAUGCACAGGAAGCAAACUUGAAGGAGAAGCCAAACCUUCAUAAGUUAUGCUUUUCAUGGGGUUCAUGGGGUCAGGAUAUUGAUCUUAAGUUGGCAGGAAAUGUUGAGGAAACCUUUGAAGGUCUCCGACCACAUUCGAAUCUCAAAAGGUUGGAGGUCGAAGGGUACGUGGGUGUCAGAUUUCCGCAUUGGAUGACUUCUUUGAAUCUGGUUGAAAUCUCACUGAUCAAUUGCAGAAGAUGCGAACAGCUCCCCCAGCUUGGCCAAUUACCAUUGCUUAAGGUUCUUGUGAUACAGGGAAUGCAUGCUGUGAAAUCUAUUGGCAACCAUUUCUAUGGUGACAAUGUUGCAGAGGGAUUCCCGUCACUGGAAGAACUCAGGUUGGAAGAUAUGCCUAAUUUAGAGGAGUGGUCAGGAUUCAACGGAAGAGAAGUACUCCCCUGCCUUAAUGAACUAUCUGUCGUCAGAUGCCCAAAGUUAACAACACUUCCAUGCCUUCAGUCUCUGAAAAUAUUGACAUUGAAAAAUAGUAAUGAGAUGUUGUCAGGUUCAGUGGCAAACCUAACCUCGCUUUCCUACUUGUGGAUUGAAGAUUUCAAGGAGCUAAGGUCGUUGUCGGGGGAGCUUGGAAACCUUGCUGCUCUAGAGUCUCUGUCUGUUGAUGGUUGUGGUGGGCUGGUAUCAUUGCCGGAGGAGUUACAAAACCUCACCUCUCUUCAGAAGCUACAUAUUUCGGAGUGCAAUGGUCUAACGUCGUUGAGACUACAAGGCUUGAGCUCUCUUAAACGUCUUACCAUUGUGUCUUGUAAAAGCCUAACGAGUUUGAUGGGGGGCCUGCAACACCUCACUGCCUUACAAUCCUUGGAAAUUACGGGAUGUCCGGAGCUGGCUUCUUUACCAGAGGAUAUGCAACACCUAAUGUCCCUUCGAUAUCUUAACAUCUGGGAGUGUGAUAAGUUGACAUGUUUGCCGGAAGGGCUAAAACAUGUCACAACACUGAAAGAGCUAAGUAUCGGGGGUUUGAAAAGUCUAACGGCUCUGCCGGAGUGGAUAGGAAACCUCUCCUCGCUUCAAUAUUUGGAGAUAAUCGAAUGUGAUAAAUUGGGGUGUUUGCCAUCCGGGUUGCAACUCCUAACAAAUCUCAUCCGUCUAAUAAUCUAUAGAUGUCCCCAAUUAGGGAAGCGAUGCGAGAAGGAGAAAGGCGAGGAUUGGCACUACAUAGCACACAUCCCAUAUAUCUACACUGGAUAUACCAAAUCCAGAUCCGAAUCCGAAUCACCGAGAGGAGCUCAAGGGUGUGGUCGUCUGUUGAGGUUGAAGAGGAGAUAG